UUAUUAAACCCACGCACCUUUGUUGUUAAAAAAGAAUGCCAUGUAUGCAGAGGAACUUUUGAAGCCUUCGUAUAAAAAGGGUCGAACGAUGAAUUCUUUGUUCUUCAAUCCCAGUCUCCUUUCGUAGAAUGAAGAUUUGGCUAGCUGUUGUUCUUCUAACUGCCACUGUGUUAUCGACCGCAGCUCCAGUUAAAGAUGAAGCCAAAGUAGCUAAAGUUUCCACUGGGGUCAUUAAAGCUGGCGUUGCAAAUUCCACUCUAGCGUCCACUGAUAUUACUGGAACUGACGAAGAUUCCGAAGCUACCGAACCUACUCGAAUAGCGACAACGGGAGGAAAGGAUGAACACGAGAAAGAUAAACCAGAGAAAGUUAAACAAAAGGACGAUGGGGAGCAGGAGAAAGACGAAAACGAGGAAAAUGAAAACGAAGAAAAUGAAAAUGAAGAAGAAGAUUCUGAUGAAGGAGAAUCAGAAGAAGAAGAUUCUGAAGAAUCUGAAGGAAAGAAAAGUUUAAAGAACAAAAUUACAAAGGUUGAAUCUGAGGAAGAAAAUAACAAUAACAAAGCUGAUGCCGCUGAAAUCCCGUCUGUCGUCCCAACCCGGUCCAGGCCAGUUGACUCACCCGUUGCAAGUCAGUCACAUCAGCCCAACGAUGCCCCUCGAUCCGGAUCCCGCAUGUCCAAGUCCGAAAAUUCUUUUAGCCCUCCCAAAUCUUUCUAUGGAACUGCAGGAACACACAACCCGAGAUUCGACACCGUUGAAAUUUUGACGCAAAAACCUUCGGCCGUUGAGUUCCCAUUUUGGCACACACCAGUUGUCCCAGCUAAGCCUUUAAAUGAAGAGCGCCCAGUUUCUUCUUCAGUUGAAUUUCACCAAACCGAGGAGCGCAAAACUAAACAUCCUAAGUGGUUUUUUAAUACCCCAAAAUCUAAACCUUUUGAGGACUCGUCUACCAAGAAAGAGAGCUCCAAACCCUUUGUUACUGAAAGCCCCAUCAAUAAACCUUCUGAUGUCCAGGUGCCGGCCUGGCCCAUUACCAACACCAGGCCUUCUGUAAGGGAAUCGUACAACCCUACUAUUUUGCAAUCGGAUCAUGGCAACUCUCAAUCCAAAUGGUUUUUUAAUGCGGCUCCAAAAUCCUUUGAUGAAUUUGGUAGGAAGGAAAGCAGGCAACAUGCUGACAUUGAAAGAUCGACGCAUAAAUCAACUACCGUUCAAGCCGAACCAUGGUCUAAACCUGUUAUCACAUCUCCUAUUCCAUCGGCGGUCCACGUACCCGUUCACAAAGCUGCUGAUGUUUCUCAGCCAUCAACGCGCAAAGUUUACCCUAGAUGGUUUUUUAAUAUAAAAAGUUAAACGUAAACUACAAUGAUUAUUUGGCCACAACAAGGAAAAGCGACGUAAAAAACAAAACAAAUACACACCUUAAUUGUUUUACGA